UGAAACCCCAGGAAACUCCCCAAACACGGGUAGCUAAGGGGACGGGACUAACUACGAGCUCGCGCAGCCUCUCACCCCCGGGCGGUGCGGACGGCGGCUCGCCAAAGCCCGGCAGCCGCGAUUUAUCCACCAACUCCGAUCAGCUCGUCCAAGUUGCGACUUUUCUCCACAGGGCGCCUGGCCUGGCAGAACGGUCGCGCACCGCGCAUGUGCCGGAGAGGGUCAAGAAGCCAUUCAGUUCCUGUUUAAUAACCAAAUAAAAUGGCAUCCAGACAGAUCACACAGGAAACAUUUGAUGAUGUGGUGCAAGAAAACAUCAUGGAAUUUGAAAUGGAUCCAGAUGAGGCUGUGAAAGACGCUGUCCAGCAAUUUGAAUCUCAGGGUGUUGAUCUGAGUACUGUUGUGAAAGCUGCACGGAAACCCACCUCUGAAAAUGGCCAAGAGCAAAACCACGACAUUUUGCAGACAUUAGACUCGCUCAGGAAAUCCAUCGCUGACUCUGCACUCAGUGAGGUCGGUGAGCAGCUAGUGCGCUUCAGUGAGCAAUGCAGAGAACAGCUGGCUGUCCGCUGCUUGGCUGGGCGGAAAGGUGCCUGUCCUGUGGUGCUGUCUGCCUGCAAGCUGGCCUCAGGAGACAGAAGUGCCAUGCUCAAGGCCCUGCAUGCUUUGUCUGCCCUCAUGGAUGGGCAGCCAGACCUGCUCGACUCUGCAGGCCAAGAGCUGUUGCUGCAAACACUGAAGGAAAACGCAGAUGACGCUGAAAUGACUCUAGCUGGGAUCCGGUGCAUCCGACACGCCUGUCUGAAACAUGAGCAGAACCGCCAGGAACUGGUGAAAGGUGGCAUCCUGCCAUUGCUGACGGGUGCCAUUGUCCGGCAUGGCGACUGUGCUGGGGUGGUCCGGGAGGCCUCCUCAGCGCUCAGGGUCAUGACAUUUGAUGAUGACAUCCGGGUGCCUUUCGGCCAUGCCCAUGAUCAUGCCAAGAUGAUUGUGUCAGAAAACAACGGUUUAAAGAUCCUCAUAGAGGCUGCCAAAGCAUUCACAGACGACUCCAGCGUUCUCCGUGAGCUUUGUGCCACCUUGGCUCGCCUGUCCGUCCGGAACGAGUUCUGUCAAGAGAUUGUGGACCUUGGAGGCUUGAAUUUCAUGGUGGCCCUGCUGGCUGACUGCAUUGACCAUCAGGAGCUGGUAAAGCAGGUGCUGAGCGCCAUGUGGGCCAUCGCAGGGAACGAUGACGUGAAAGACGCCAUAGUCAACACUGGAGGAACAGACCUCAUUGUGCUGGCUAUGAGCCAUCAUCUUGCCAGCCCUCAGAUCUGUGAGCAGGGCUGUGCAGCCUUGUGCAUGCUGGCCUUGCGCAAGCCAGAGAACUGCAAAGUCAUCAUGGAAGGCGGAGGGGCCUUGGUAGCUCUUCAGGCCAUGAAGGUGCAUCCAAGAGAAGUUGCUGUGCAGAAACAGGCCUGCAUGCUGAUCCGGAACCUGGUCUCCCGGAACCGGGACUUCUCUCAGGCUAUCCUGGAGAUGGGAGCUGAGAACUUGAUUGUGGAGGCUCGUGCGGUGCACCAAGAUUGUGACGACAUAGCCAAAGCUGCCUUGAGAGACCUUGGCUGUAAAGUGGAUCUCCGAGAGCUGUGGACAGGCCAAAAGGGAAGCCUGGCUCCCUAAACCGCUGCCCCUGAGAGCCCUGGAAGCUUGGGACAUCUCCCUAUGCAGCAUCUACAGACAAACAUGGCGUCAAAUAAUCUGCACUUAAAACUGGCCCCGAGCAGCUGAAGAGAAUUCCUGGCCUGUGAGGCUCUCAUGGUGUGGGCUGUACUACUCACGGGCAUCUAAGCUGUUGCUGAGAUGGCUUUGUCUGUGUAUAUAGGCUACAGAUACACAGAACUUGUUGUGAUGAUCUACUCUCUCUACAACUUGAUGCCUGGGAAAGACCUACUUCUCCCCUCGCCCCUACAUUGCUGUGUUACUUAUUUAUUGCAUGGGCUGUUCCUAUAUGUGUCUGUCCAUGUUGUGAUCCAAAGUAGAUCUCUUCCUGCAGCAGUUUGGCAGCUACCAUUUUAACCAGCCUUGUCCUACCUCCUGACCCCUGCUCUGUGCCACUGGCUAGCCGUCCCAAAGGCUAUGUGGGGGAGAUGACACCAAUAUAGUGAAUGUCCCGUCCUAUCCCAAUGCUGUUACUAGCAGGCUAGGCAGUGUCUCACUGUGUUGGCUAUAUCCAUUUCCAUCCGAUACAGCAUUUUAAACAAAUGCAAAGUAUUGGCUGGAAACGUCAUGGCCUGGUGUGUCACAUUUAUAAUCGCUGAGCUUCCAGAAAUAAAUGUAAGACGAUAGGUGUGAGAGAGCACUUUGGGGGCAGGGAAAAAAUAGCUUGGUUUGCCACAGUGUUGUGCCACCAGAGAGCCAGCCACAUUUUGCAGCCUUUGCUGGGAUCACCAGACAUACUCUCCCAGAGCCAAGACUCUUGUAUCGUAGUUGCCUGCUCUGAUCAACAGGCCAUGGCUCCCCUUGGAGCGGGAAGACGCUAUAUUUGGAGGAAAGAGGUGGAAGGACAGGGCAGUCUGAAAUCUCUUGACUUCUCCCUUACACAUAGGCUAAAUAGCCCCCUCCUGAGCCAGGAGGAAGCAUUUUUGUGAAUGUCAUCAUUCCUCUUACUGUCUGUGGUUUACAGUUCUGCUCCAGCUGUUAGCCCCCAUGCUCUGUGCUAUUGCCAUUUGCUUCAUUGUUGAGUGACAAAAUUCAUAUUCUAAGAAACGUAAAGGGUGCUUGGCCCCAGACAAGCCAAUUUGUAAAGCGGGGAGGGUGGAAAAGAUGACUAAUGCUUUUGGGCAUUUUAAACUGAUUAUGCCAAGUGUGUAAGUAAAUGCUGCUGCAGCCGUGUGGUGUCUGCCUGUAAGGCAGCAAAAGCCUUGACAGCUUUGAAAGCCCCACAGGCACUAAUUCCAUGUGCAGUGUGUGUUUGCAAUAAGCUGCCUACAUCCCCUUUCUCAGUUGCCUUUUCUGGCGAAAGCUGCAUCCAUCUGUCUGUGUCUCUGUAAUCUCAGUUCAAUAAACCCUGCCAGGCUGCACUUGAUCAUCUCUCCAUAGGACAGGCACUGACUGGGCUUAACAAAGAGGCCAGAAUUCAGUGGGCCUGGGAGCAUUCUGAAGGGGCAUUUCUCUGAUGCUGGCCUGCCCUUUUGAUACUGCUUCAGCAAUGGGUCUGGGAUGGGCUGGAAGGGCCAGAGUUGCAUCUGAGCACAGCAGGGCAUUUGGGAGGAUGGACUGGCCUGGAAGGAUGGGGAUGGAUAUGAAUUCUCUCCUGGCUUAGACAAGUGUUGGUAUGAUGACUCUUUUCUGCAGAGUAGCCCCAAUCUUUCUCCCUUUACUCCAUCCUGGGUCUGAGUCCCUGGGUCCUAUCCAGCUGAGGAGGGCUAGGCAGGGUCUGUGCUGCCCUGUGUUAGCUGCAGGGGGAUUCCAGACAUGAGGUGCGUGCACUCGCUUCCCUGGGGAGUGAGUGCACACAGCAGUGCACAAGGGCCCUGGAUCCAGGGUGGCUUUGAGAGAGGAUACCCAGGCCCCUCCCAAAAAAAAGCAAAGCAGAGAAAACCAGAAGCUGUUACAGAAAUAAUAUAUAUUUGAAAAAU